GUGUUUCCCGCGCAGGCUACCCCAGUUCUCCGGCGUACGGCGCGGCCAUUCGUACAGGCGCCGCUGCCGCCGUCAUGGGUUUCCUGAAACUGAUUGAGAUCGAGAACUUCAAGUCGUACAAGGGUCGACAGAUUAUCGGACCAUUUCAGAGGUUCACCGCCAUCAUUGGACCCAACGGCUCUGGUAAGUCAAAUCUCAUGGACGCCAUCAGCUUUGUGUUGGGUGAAAAAACCAGCAACCUGCGGGUAAAGACCCUGAGGGACCUGAUCCACGGAGCUCCUGUGGGCAAGCCAGCUGCCAACCGGGCCUUCGUCAGCAUGGUCUACUCCGAGGAGGGUGCUGAGGACCGCACCUUUGCCCGUGUCAUUGUUGGGGGUUCCUCUGAGUACAAGAUCAACAACAAAGUGGUCCAGCUACAUGAGUACAGUGAGGAAUUAGAGAAGUUGGGCAUUCUCAUCAAAGCUCGUAACUUCCUUGUCUUUCAGGGUGCUGUGGAAUCUAUUGCCAUGAAGAACCCCAAAGAGAGGACAGCUCUAUUUGAAGAAAUCAGUCGCUCUGGGGAGCUAGCCCAGGAGUAUGACAAGCGAAAGAAGGAAAUGGUGAAAGCUGAAGAGGACACACAAUUUAAUUACCAUCGUAAGAAAAACAUCGCGGCUGAACGCAAGGAAGCCAAACAGGAGAAAGAAGAGGCUGACCGCUACCAGCGCCUGAAGGAUGAGGUGGUGCGAGCUCAGGUACAGCUUCAGCUCUUUAAGCUUUAUCAUAAUGAAGUAGAAAUCGAGAAGCUCAAUAAGGAACUGGCUUCUAAGAACAAGGAAAUUGAAAAGGACAAGAAGCGUAUGGACAAGGUAGAGGAUGAACUAAAGGAGAAGAAGAAGGAGCUGGGCAAAAUGAUGCGGGAACAGCAGCAGAUUGAAAAGGAGAUCAAGGAAAAGGAUUCAGAACUGAACCAGAAGCGGCCUCAGUACAUCAAAGCCAAGGAGAAUACCUCCCACAAAAUCAAGAAGUUAGAAGCAGCCAAGAAGUCCCUACAGAAUGCUCAGAAGCAUUACAAGAAGCGUAAAGGCGACAUGGAUGAGCUGGAAAAGGAGAUGCUGUCAGUGGAAAAAGCCCGGCAGGAAUUUGAGGAACGGAUGGAAGAGGAGAGUCAGAGUCAGGGCAGAGACUUGACUCUGGAGGAGAAUCAGGUGAAGAAAUACCACCGGUUGAAAGAAGAAGCCAGCAAGAGAGCAGCUACCCUGGCUCAGGAGCUGGAGAAGUUCAAUCGAGACCAGAAACGGAAGAAAGUAGAGACAGAGGCCAAGAUCAAGCAAAAGCUGCGGGAGAUUGAAGAGAAUCAAAAGCGGAUUGAGAAACUGGAGGAGUACAUCACAACUAGCAAGCAGUCUUUAGAGGAGCAGAAGAAACUAGAGGGGGAGCUGACAGAGGAGGUGGAAAUGGCCAAGCGGCGUAUCGAUGAGAUCAACAAGGAGCUGAACCAGGUGAUGGAGCAGCUGGGGGAUGCCCGUAUUGACCGCCAGGAGAGCAGCCGCCAACAGCGAAAGGCAGAGAUUAUGGAAAGCAUCAAGCGCCUGUACCCCGGCUCUGUGUAUGGCCGCCUCAUUGACCUUUGCCAGCCCACACAAAAGAAGUAUCAGAUUGCUGUAACCAAAGUUUUGGGUAAGAACAUGGAUGCCAUUAUUGUGGACUCGGAGAAGACAGGCCGGGAUUGUAUUCAGUAUAUCAAGGAGCAGCGUGGGGAGCCUGAGACUUUCUUGCCUCUUGAUUACCUGGAGGUGAAACCUACAGAUGAGAAACUCCGGGAGCUUAAGGGGGCCAAACUGGUGAUUGAUGUGAUUCGAUAUGAGCCACCUCACAUCAAAAAGGCCCUGCAGUAUGCUUGUGGCAAUGCCCUUGUCUGUGACAACGUGGAGGAUGCCCGUCGCAUCGCCUUUGGAGGCCACCAGCGCCACAAGACAGUGGCGCUGGAUGGGACCCUGUUCCAGAAGUCAGGAGUGAUCUCUGGUGGGGCCAGUGACCUGAAGGCCAAGGCGCGGCGCUGGGAUGAGAAAGCUGUAGACAAGUUAAAAGAGAAGAAGGAGCGGUUGACAGAGGAGCUGAAAGAGCAGAUGAAAGCAAAGCGGAAAGAGGCAGAGCUACGUCAGGUGCAGUCUCAGGCCCAUGGACUACAGAUGCGGCUCAAGUACUCACAGAGUGAUCUAGAACAGACCAAGACACGACAUCUAGCCCUGAAUCUGCAGGAAAAGUCCAAGCUGGAGAGUGAGCUAGCCAACUUUGGGCCUCGCAUCAAUGAUAUCAAGAGGAUCAUCCAGAGCCGGGAGAGGGAAAUGAAAGACUUAAAGGAGAAGAUGAACCAGGUAGAGGAUGAGGUGUUUGAAGAAUUUUGUCGGGAGAUUGGUGUACGCAACAUCCGGGAGUUUGAGGAAGAGAAGGUGAAGCGGCAGAAUGAAAUCGCCAAGAAGCGUUUGGAAUUUGAGAAUCAGAAGACUCGCUUGGGUAUCCAACUGGAUUUUGAAAAGAACCAACUGAAGGAGGAUCAGGAUAAAGUACACAUGUGGGAGCAGACAGUGAAAAAGGAUGAAAAUGAGAUAGAAAAGCUCAAGAAGGAGGAACAAAGACACAUGAAGAUCAUAGAUGAGACCAUGGCCCAGCUACAAGAUCUGAAGAAUCAGCACCUGGCCAAGAAGUCAGAGGUGAAUGACAAGAAUCAUGAGAUGGAGGAGAUUCGUAAGAAACUGGGGGGCGCCAACAAGGAAAUGACCCAUUUACAGAAGGAGGUGACAGCCAUUGAGACCAAGCUUGAACAGAAGCGCAGUGACCGCCACAACCUGCUACAGGCCUGCAAGAUGCAGGACAUCAAGUUGCCACUCUCUAAGGGCACCAUGGAUGAUAUUAGUCAGGAAGAGGGUAGCUCCCAGGGGGAGGAUUCAGUGAGUGGUUCCCAGCGAACUUCCAGUAUCUAUGCACGAGAGGCCCUCAUCGAGAUUGACUACGGUGACCUGUGUGAGGAUCUGAAGGAUGCCCAGGCCGAGGAGGAGAUCAAGCAGGAGAUGAACACACUGCAGCAGAAGCUAAAUGAGCAGCAGAGUGUGCUACAACGUAUUGCUGCCCCCAACAUGAAGGCCAUGGAAAAACUGGAAAGUGUCCGAGACAAGUUCCAGGAGACCUCAGAUGAGUUUGAAGCGGCCCGAAAGCGAGCCAAGAAGGCCAAGCAGGCAUUUGAACAGAUCAAGAAGGAGCGCUUUGACCGCUUCAAUGCUUGUUUUGAAUCUGUGGCCACCAACAUUGAUGAGAUCUACAAGGCCCUGUCCCGCAACAGCAGUGCCCAGGCAUUCCUGGGCCCUGAAAACCCUGAAGAGCCCUACUUGGAUGGCAUCAACUACAACUGUGUGGCCCCUGGCAAACGUUUCCGGCCUAUGGACAAUUUGUCAGGGGGAGAGAAAACAGUGGCAGCUCUGGCUCUGCUCUUUGCCAUCCACAGCUACAAGCCAGCCCCCUUCUUCGUCCUGGAUGAGAUUGAUGCUGCCCUGGAUAACACCAACAUUGGCAAGGUUGCCAAUUAUAUCAAGGAGCAGUCGACUUGCAACUUCCAGGCCAUCGUCAUCUCUCUCAAGGAGGAGUUCUACACAAAGGCUGAGAGCCUCAUUGGAGUCUACCCCGAGCAAGGGGACUGUGUGAUCAGCAAAGUCCUGACCUUUGACCUCACCAAGUAUCCAGAUGCCAACCCCAACCCCAAUGAGCAGUAGCAGUUCUGCCCUCCCGCCCAAUCUGGGUCCCUAAGCUGUCCCUCUCUUAAUCUCUGGAUGUUUGGCUCCCAACCUUCCCCUAUUUGCUAUAGUCAUGGGAUUUAGCACUGCUAUCAAGCAUGAAGAGGAACAUAGGUGAUGUUAGGUCUGGAGCAAAAACUCCUGAGCCACAGGGAGCAUCCUGGCCUCUGGAAGAAGGUGCUGAGCUGGACAGGGCCAUCUGUCCAUUCCCGUCUUCCUGCCUCCCAGAACCUCCCCCCGCAUCACCCGUAAUUAUGAGUUUAUGGGGCUUCUUGCAUAUUGCUUGUGUGUGGAUAUGUGUGUAUGUGUGUGUCCCCAAGUGCAUGUGGGUAUGUUUGCAAAAUAAUAAAGAUAUCGGAGACCCAUUUUAGAAGAGGCCUAGGCUAAAUUUGACUCCAAGAGAGCUUAGUGUGACAGCACCCCAGAGCUGGGCAAAGAUAUUCAGGACUUCAUAGGAGUCAGGCAGUCACAUGAAACUGUCUUCAUUUAUCCAUUUGUAUUUUUAUUUAUUCAUAUAUUCAUCGGAGACAUACUGAACAACCUCUGUCAGGCUCUUUCCUAGGAAUACAGAGCUGAAUCUGACAUGAUCCCUCCUAUUAAGGAGAUGCUAUGGGUUCAUGAGUUCCCGUGGUUGACUGAACCACGUCUAUAGGCACUUAGAAUUUGAGAAGAGGACGGUCACCUCCAGGCUUCCUGGAGAAGGUCACAUUUGAGCCGUACCUCGAUAACUCAAUAGGAUUUGAUUAGGCACUAGGAGCAGAGCCUGGGCUCUGGGGAUAGUUGCAGGUUUUAGUCUUUUUUUUUUUUUUUUAAUCACUCACUAGUUUGACGUUGGGCAAGUCAUUUGACCUUUCUGUGCCUCAGUUUCCUCAUCUGUAAAAUGAGGUUAACAAUAUUACCUACCUCAUAGGAUUUAAUGAUGUCAGGCUCCUCACUGGAGGCCUUAUCCUUGCUUGGAGCCCACUAGGUGCCAACCCCUCAGAAUACAGCCUUCUCAUGCCUGGACCCCUGAGUGCUUCUGAUCCCAGUUGUUAGGGACAUAAGGAGCCUCCAAAUCUUGGAGAUACUGAAUGCCCUGGUUACUGGGAAAGUUUCAGGGCACUGAUGGGGUUUACCUGGUAAGUAGAAGGCCUAAGGAAAUCUGUAGCUCCAAUCAUCUAUAAUAACUGGGUGCUUAAGCCCCAACCUGAGUUGUGAGGAAGUGGGGGAGAGGUAGCAUGGCCCACACCCCAGCCAAAUCCAUGUGACGUUCCUUUUGGGAACUAACCACAUUAGCGGCAGGGACCAUGUAGAGGCAGCACAGCCUGCUGCCAUGAGGUCAGCCUUUGCUCAUUCAUAUGUAUCGUCAGACUAUUACCUUGUCCCAGUCUGUAUACUGCAUUUUUGUUUUUUAAAAGUUAAAUGAGUUCUGAUUACCCAAGAGUGCAUGAAGUCAUUCUCUUUUUAAGAAAUUAGGUUGUUACAAGUAAAGCUAGGCUUAUUCAGCUACCAUUCCCCCCUUUUUAACUGCUGUUCUCUUUGUUGUACAUCUAUCUAGACUUUGUUUUAAGACUUACAUAUAUGAAAUCAUUGGAAAUUUUAUUGUGUUUAAUGCAAAUGGUAUAUGGAGUCAUUCCGCAAUUUGCUUUCUUUGCUUAAUGUUCCUGAGAUCUAUGCAUGUUGCCAGUAGAUUCAGGUCACCUUUGUGAUUGUAUAGAUUGCCAUUAUGACUACCACAUUUUACUUACCCAUUUAUCUUGUGAUAGUAAGACUAUUUUGCUCUUACAAAAUAUUACAUAGGAGUAAUAUGUGUGUGUGUGUGUCUGAAAAUUUACCUAUGAUCGAUUCCUAAAAGUUGAAUUGCAGAGUCAUAGGCUAUUUAUAUUUUUGUUUUUAAUAGACACUUCCAAAUUGCCCUCCUGUACUAUUUACUCAAUAUUUUUCUUGAGAUUGUCUUAGGUGUAACAUCAUUAUCUACUUCAGUUUCAUCUUAAGUAGUGAUAUCCGUGAAAUCAUGGGUUUGAUGUGCUGUUGUUUUUUUCUAAUGCAUAUUAAAAGGUAUAAUUAUCAAAACAAAAUAAA